GAAGACUCCGAUCCCUUUUUUUAUUUAACUCAUUAAGCUUCAACUGCGAUGAUUGAAGCAACAACUAUCGAUCAUGGAAUACGAGUAAGCAAUCCAACCUUCCCUUCCUUCAACACCAAACAAAUCAAAUUUUACCAUUUACAGUAAAAAAAGAACACGACAGUCUACCAGACACUAACCCCAUUAAACGACGCCGUAGGGGUCGUUAAUAUUAGUCCCCUCAAACCCACUGAAAGUCACACUCACUCAAUCUUCCACUGCACCAAAAUCCCAGCGCCACACACACCAGAGAGAAACUUCCAUUUCCUCCAUGACGACGUCGUCUCGUUCCCAGAGUCCAACUGCUUCAUGGGAUAAGCUCCCAUGGCGGACCCGGAUCUCGUUAUGGGUUCUGUCAAAGUUAACGGACGCCGCUCGCCGAUCAGACGGCACCGUCAACCGCCGUCUCAUGAGCUUCUUCGACUUCCGCUCCUCCGCCACUCCCUCCGCUCCCUACAAAGGUGUCACCACCUCCGACCUCACCGUCGACGCCUCCCGCAACCUCUGGUUCCGCCUCUUCGUCCCCUCCACCUCCUCCUCCUCUCUGCCCGUCGUCGUUUUCUUCCACGGCGGCGGCUUCAGCUUCCUCAGCCCCGACACCUUCGCCUACGACGCCGUCUGCCGCAAAUUCGCCCGCACAAUCCCCGCCGUCGUCAUCUCCGUCAACUACCGCCUCUCCCCGGAGCACGGCUACCCCUCCCAGUACGACGACGGCCUUGACGUCCUCAAGUUUCUCGACCAAAACCCCGACGCCCUCCCCGACCUCGCCGACCUCUCCCGCUGCUUCCUCGCCGGAGACAGCGCCGGCGCCAACAUCGCGCACCACGUGGCGGUGCGAGCCUCCCGGGAGAGUUUUCAGGUCGUGAAACCGAUCGGGAUGAUCUCGAUCCAGCCAUUCUUCGGCGGCGAGGAAAGAACCGAGUCGGAGAUCGAACUCCGGGGAGCGCCGCUGGUGUCGAUGACCCGAACCGACUGGCUGUGGAAGGCGUUUUUACCGGCCGGGUCGACCCGGGACCACGAGGCGGCGAAUGUGGGCGGGCCGAACGCGGUGGACAUAUCGGGUAUGGAGUACCCGACGACGGUGGUGUUCGUUGGGGGUUUGGAUCCGCUGCGGGACUGGCAGAGGAGGUACUGUGAGUGGUUGAGGAAGUCGGGGAAGGAGGCGAAGCUGAUCGAGUAUCCGACUAUGGUUCACGCCUUCUAUAUUUUCCCGGAGUUGCCGGAAUCCAACCAGCUCUUUUCGGAGGUAAAGGAUUUCGUGGCUGCUCGAUCGAGCUUGAAAGUGUAG